GACUGCCUUGGCGAUAUGCCUUCGGGGGAGGAUACGCGCCUAUAUAACUACGGCGUUCCGGUGAUUGAACGAAGUAAGCUAAGUUUUCCUGCGCUCAGGGUACAGGAGGUACGGCGGCCCGAGCCCGACGGGCGGGAAUUUGCGAGAAAUAUGAGGAUACGCCCGGGAUGCGCGGCUGUAUUAGCGCUGCUACUGCAGGCCGCUCUUGUGGCGAGCAAAGCUGUAGAUCAAACGCAGCUUCCACAACAUCAGACUCCAUACGUUAAAGAGGCGCAAAAACGAUGGGGCGAUUCCGGUGGCGAUUACGGUAACGGAUUUGGAGGUGGUGAUGCUGGAGGCCACUUCGGUGGUGGAGACGCUGGAGGCCACUUCGGUGGUGGAGACGCUGGAGGUCACUUCGGUGGCGGUGAUGCUGGAGGCCACUUCGGUGGUGGAGACGCUGGAGGCCACUUCGGUGGUGGAGACAUUGGAGGCCACUUCGGUGGUGGAGACGCUGGAGGCCACUUUGGUGGCGGUGACGCUGGAGGCCACUUUGGUGGCGGUGACGCUGGAGGUCAUUUUGGCGGCGGUGAUGCAGGAGGUCAUUUCGGUGGCGGUGAUGCCGGAGGCCAUUUUGGCGGUGGUGGCGAUGCCGGAGGUCAUUUUGGGGGUGGCGGUGACCUUGGAGGUCAUUCGGGCGGUGAUAUCGGUGGAGGUGACUUUGGAGGUGACAUUGGUGGUCAUUCAAGUGGCGGCGGCGGUGACAUCGGCGGCGGAGGAGGAGGUGGCGACCAUCAUCAUCACGAUGAAGGCUACUGGAAGAAAAAAUUAGUGUGGAAGCCGGGCUGGAAGAAGAUUUGGAAACCGGCGAAGAAGCAAAUCUGGAAGCCCGCGUGGAAGAAGAUCUGGAAGCCUAUUUGGGUGCCGACGCAGAAAGCGGUGUGGAAGGAGAUUCAAGUACCAGCCUGGAAGAAGAUCUGGAAGCCCGUGUGGAAGGAGAUUCAAGUGCCGGUGUGGAAGGAGAUAAAAGUGCCAGCCUGGAAGCAAAUUUGGAAGCCGAUCUGGACCCCGAUCAAGGUACCAGCUUGGAAAGAGAUUCAAGUACCGGCGUGGAAGAAGAUCUGGAAGCCAGUUUGGAAGGAGAUUCAGGUACCGGCGUGGAAGGAGAUUCAAGUACCCGCUUGGAAGAAACUUUGGGUCCCCGAAUGGGUUAAAAUUGGUAUACCGGGUAAUCAUUAUCACGGUAAGGAUCAUCACGGUUGGGAAUAUACCAGCCACGAUCUUUGGAAGAAGAAGUUGAUUUGGAAGCCGGUGUGGAAGAAAUACUGGAAAACGGCGAAGAAACAGAUUUGGGUAUCGGACAAGAAACUCGAGUGGAAGGAGGCCUGGAAGCAAGUGUGGAAACCAGCGAAGAAGCAGAUCUGGGUAGAAGACAAGAAGAUGAGUUGGAAGGCGGAGUGGAUACAAAUCUGGAAGCCAGGUAAGAAACUCAUCUGGGUACCUGACAAGAAGCUCGAGUGGAAGGAAGCUUGGAAACAAAUCUGGAAAACCGACAAGAAACUUGAAUGGAUACCCGACAAGAAGCUCGCUUGGAAGGAAGCCUGGAAGCAGAUCUGGGUGCCAGCUUGGAAGGAAAUCUGGGUACCGGCAUGGAAGAAGAUUUGGAAACCGGUCUGGAUAUCCGAAUGGUUCCCCAACGAGGAUCAUCAUCAUCACCACGGAUGGGAUCGCAAGGACUCGCAGGCUCAGAAUACGCAACUUGUACCUUACAGCCCGGAAGCCGCUCCGCAGAAGAGGCAAUCGCAGCAGCCACAACAACAGCAACAACAACAGCAACAGCCAGUGCAGCAACAACAGCAACAGCCAGUGCAGCAACAAACGGACACAAACAAAAUCAGAUGGGACAGAUCUUUUCAAGCAAAUCCGACAGUCUCGCAGAACCUGGUACCACCGCCGGCUAAUCAAAACGGAGUUCAAGCCGGCUUCGCGUUCUCUGGUCGCUGAGAUGAAGCUGGAUUGAGCUCCGUGUAAAAUAAUCUCGCACUGUAAUCCCUGAAAAUGCUUGUACAAACGUUUCUAUGAGAGAGUGCUGUAACAUAAGCCGCUGUAUAUAUUACGUUUUAGGAGAGAUUAAGAUAAGUAGCAUAUAAAACAUUAAGUUACCCGAAAUUGUUCGACUGACUUGCGUACUUUUCGAGAGUACCAAUUUUUUUGAGAUGCGUUAUAACCUUUAUUUUUCCCCUUUCCUUGUUUUCUUUUUAUACUCACGUUGUUGUCAUCCCAAUUGUUAAUUCUAAUACUGUUACGAAUAAAAUUUAUAAAUAUUUUGUUAA